AUGAGUGUAGCCGAUCUGAUCCAACGGUUGGACGUCGACUGGGUCUCGGUCCUCGACGACCACGACCGACGCCGAGUGCUGCAGGCAUGUGAUCGACUCAAGGCCAAGCUGGAGACACCCAUGGACACAACGGCCCGUCUCGCCUUCUCGGCUCAUCAAGCCAUGGCAGUGAGAUUGGGUAUCGAUAUGAAGCUCUUUGAUGCGAUGGCCAAAGUAGGCCAGUCGACCGGAUCCUUCAAAGUACAGGAUUUAUGCGAAGAAACCGGUUCGGAUCCAUUGCUAGUUAGGCGCAUAAUUCGAUUCCUUGCCGCCAUGGGGGUGAUCAAGGAAACAGACGACUCAUAUAUUCCGACGCCACUGGCCGCGGCCUAUGUGUCAACCUCCCCUCUUUCGGCUGGGGUAAUCCACAGCACGCAUUUCCUAACGGUCCUGUCGAGACUCCCCGAGUACUUUCAUGCCAAUGGAUGGAAGAGUCCCGAUGACGGCCUCAACGGUCCCUUUCAGUUCGCAUUGGGCACCGAUUCCCACUACUUCGACUUCCUAGGCACUCACCCCUACUAUCAGCAGGCAUUCAACACCGUCAUGACCCUGUCGUUCCGCCGACGUGGGAAGGACUGGUUCGAGUUCUUCCCCGCCGAAGAACGGCUGCGCGCGUCAAGUAAUACUGAUCCACUGAUCGUCGAUGUCGGCGGGGGUCUUGGCGAGGAUCUCAAAAAGUUCAAGGAACGGUUUUCUGCUUUGCCUGGCAAACUCAUUCUCCAGGAUCUGCCCGCAGUGAUUGAGGGCGCCAAGGAUCUACCGGUGGGGAUCGAAGCUCAGAGCCAUGAUUUCUUCCAGAAGCAGCCCGUGCGGGAUGCGAAGGCGUACUUCAUGCGGACCGUCUUGCAUGACUGGCCGGACAGGCAAGCAGUGCAAAUUCUGGGGAAACUCCGCGAUGCGAUGAAUAACGACUCGAUUUUGCUUAUCAGCGAGACCAUGCUACCGGAGUCCGGAGUGCUUCUGCCCUCGGUUAUAUCCGAUAUGCAAAUGAUGGGCUCGUUCGCCUCGUUGGAGCGGACGCAAGAGCAAUGGCAAACACUGCUGGAGACAGCUGGCUUCGAGCUCGUCCAUGUCUGGCUACCGGAUGACUGCGAUCGAAGCCCGGCCUCUUUGGCAGAACAGCCUGCUCUGCUUGAGGCUCGAGUGAGAAGGUCUCCAUAA